UUCCUUUGGGUACGUGCAAUGAGGUGGAGAAAUACACGAGGAGCUUUCUUUGGGGAUCAAGUCAUGAUCAUUAAAAAGUCACAUAUCAAGAUUGGGCAUGGACCUUAUCCCCAAGAUAAAUGAGAGGAAUCUCACUGAACUGGGACAAAAUUACUAAUGCUUCUAGGAUUCUACUUGGAAAUGAUCAACUAGCUCAUUUCUGGAGUAAUAAUUGGCUACCCAACCUUGAGCAACUUCUCCUCCUAACCAAUUCAACCUAAUCUGUUGUGUUGUGUCUAAAGAUGGUUGAUUUUGUUAAUGGUCAGGGCUGUUGGGACUGGAACAAAUUCCAGCACUUAAUUCCUAAGGAAGCAGUAGAUCAUAUUGCUAACAUCAUGCCCCCACAAGAUCGUUAUUCCCAAGAUUGAGUUAUUUUGAACUUGUCCAACGAUGGAGUUUUUAAUCUCAAAUCAGCUUACUCCCUCCUUGUGCAGCAUAAUUCUGCUACUUCAAACCCAAAGUAAAGUCAUCUUGGAAAUGGGAUGGACCACAAAGGAUUAUGGUUAUUGUUAGGUGACAAUCUUCUAACUAAUGAAAAAGGAUAAAAAGGAGCUCAUCUUCCACCUGCUCUUGAUGUCUUAAGAAAUGCAGAAAGCACCAUUCACACCUUUCAGGAUUGUCCUAGUUGUGUACUAAUGUAGUUGCGCUACAAUGGUAUUCCCUCUGCAGUAUGGCCGUAUAAUGGAUAUUGAAUUGAAGAUCCCUCCCCGCCCUCCAUGUUAUUGCUUUGUUGAGUUUGACAAUGCUCGAGAUGCAGAAGAAGCAAUUCGGGGUCGAGAUGGAUACAACUUCGAUGGUUGUAGGUUAAGGGUGGAGCUUGCCCAUGGCAGUAGAGGGCCAUCAUCAAGUGACCGACGGGGAUACAGUGGCGGUGGCGGUGGAGGUGGAGGUGGAGGUGGUGGUGGAGGUGGUGGUGGCGGUGGCGGCCGCGGCGGCGGUGAUGGAGGUGGUGGGGGGCGUUUUGGGGUCUCACGCCAUUCUGAAUAUCGAGUUAUUGUUCGUGGACUCCCAUCUUCUGCAUCAUGGCAAGAUUUGAAGGAUCAUAUGCGAAAAGCUGGUGAUGUUUGUUUUGCUGAGGUUUCCCGUGAUAGUGAAGCAGAUCUUUGGAGCGAUCUGUGUCUAGGUCACGAUCUAGAUCCAGAUCAGCAUCACCAAUCAAAUCUUCCAGGCCAAGAUCACGUUCACGAUCUGGAUCUCCACGCCAGGUGCUGUCAGGUAGCGGUUGAUUUACGGAUCAAAGCAGGUGGUUCUCUGGAGUUACUGUCCCAUUCUUGGGCAGUAUUGGCAUUAUGUUUGAGUUGGUUUAAUUUGUUUGAUGGAAAAUCAUUAAUGUACCAGAAUUGUUUUCUUGGUAAUUCAUCCGUUUGCUGAUUCUGUAGGGCCUAAACUUGUUUGAUGUGCUGCUACCAAUUUGGCUUUAUUUCGUUUAAACAAGAAUGUUGGAUGUCAGCCUACCGGUUGCACUUUUCAACGAGUUAGUAUGAAAUUGAU